UCAUGAAUCCAGAAAAGAAAUUGACACUCAGCAAAAUAACAUUAAAUCGACCUUAACAAAAGAUUGGUUUACCACCUAAAAUCACACUCAAUAAAUAACUUGAUUCAAGACCUUAGAGUUCAAAAAUUGAUAUUCAAUCUGUAAAUAUAAAUUGGCUAGUCGAUAAUAUUUAAUAAGAAAAGUAUAUUUAUUAAAUCAAUUAAUCUAAGUAAGUUAGAAUGGAUAUAAAAAUGUUACGUCUUUUUUAAAGAUUGGACCUAAAACACAGAAUGCAAUGAUUAAUGCAAAGAAUAAAUUUUAAAAUAGAGUAUAUAAUUAAUAGAUUUUAAUGAUCUACAAGUUAGAUUAUAUGCUAUCAAAGCAGCCUUAUUUGGAUUCACUACAUUAAAUUUAUUGGAUCUAUUAUUUCAAAAAUAAGCUAAACCACUUUUAAGAAGACCAAAAAGUGGAUCCAAAAUUUAAGAACAAUUGCCCUCUUUACUUUAUCAACCAUAAUAGAUCUUGGCCAUUCUAUAGAAAACUGCAUAAUUAAGUAAUGAGAAUGUAUUCUUAAAUUUAAUUAAUGACAAUUCCUUAAGUUUUGUUUUAUUUAGAAUCUUAAAACUAUUUACAUAAUUACCAAAAGAUUAAGCAACAACAUCAUAAUAAUUACCUUAUUUAAAUUUAAUAUUUAUUAUUAUUAAGAAUAUAGCUAAUAAUCAAAAGGAAGCAUAAAAAUUAUUAUAACCUACUUAUAUAUAAUUAAUAGAUAAUUAUUUACAUUCAUUCCCAUAUGAUCAAACUUUUGAAAAAGAUUUAUUAAAUUUAUAUACUACAAUAACUGCAACUCUUAGAAAUUUAGCUAAUGAAAAUAAUAGUGUUGAAAUGUAUCUUUAAAAUGGAAUUAUUAAAAAAUUAGUUAUUAGUAUGGUUAAUUAUAGUAAUAAUUAUGAAUUAAUUUUAAAUACAUUAAGAAUUAUGUCAAAGAUGUCAUUGAGUAAAGAAUGUUGUGAAUACUUCUUGUAAAGUACUGAAGCAAUGCAAAAUAUUUCUAGUUUUUUUAAAACAUAUUAAACCAAUAUUUAUAUCAUUAUUAGAGCUUCCUUUUUAUUAGCUAAUAUGACUACAUAUUUUGAGGGAAUUAGAUAAUUAAUUUAUUAUAAAUUUAAUUAAUUUGGUGAUAUUCUAAAAUGUUUUGAUUAUUAUUGGACAAAAGAAAUUAAUCCAUAAUAAUUAAAUUAAAUAGAUUAAUUUUCAUAAAGUAGAGCAGCUUGGGAUUUCUAAAUAUUACAAUCAGAGUAAUAAUUAAUUAUUUAUUUCAUAGAAAAGAUAUUGAUGCUUUAAUUAGAAUCAUAAGAUUAAUUGCUAAUAUAUUGACUAUAGAAUAAAUUGGAUUAGAUAUCUUAAAGAAUUAUUCAAAUGAAUAUAGAAUAUUAAUAUCAAAACUAUUAAAAUUAUUACAAAAGAAUACUAUAAUUACAAAAUAAUAAGUAAAAUUUUAGUUUAUAAUUAGGAAAUCAUCUCUUGUACUUUAAGUUGUUUAUCUAAUUUAACAUUUUAUGAAAAACAAACAUUUUUAAAUGAUUUCGAAUACAAAAAUAUUAAAUAUGAAUUAAUUACUACUCUUGGACAUUUUAUUAUAUAAAAUGAAGAUCAAGAAAUUUGUUGUGAUGGACUAAGAGUUUUAUCAAAUUUAUCAAGGUAAAAGGAUUUAAUCAAAUAAAUAAUGAAAUCAAGAAUCUCAGAAGGUGUUAUUGUAUUAUUAGAUUCUAAUUCAAGAGAAGUUGUAUAUUAUUGUUUAGGUGUAAUUUUAAAUCUGCUCUAGGAUUAAGACUUUAAGUAAGAAUAUUAGAUAUAUCUAUAGAAAAAAAGAAAAUAUUAAUAUAAUUGAUUAUAUAACUUAAGUUUUAAAUGAUUGUACCACUAAUGAAAAUGAUAUAGCUAAUCUUGGAUUAAAAUGUUUAAUUUUAUUAUUGGAUUCAAAUUUAAAUUAAGAGUAUGCAAAUAAAAUAGAAACAGCUGUUUAAACAUUUGGAAAUGUUUGUGAUUAAGUUUUAAAAGUUAAGGAAAAUAAUGAACUCUCUAAUACAAGACAAUUAAUCAAUUAAAUUAUUAAUAAUAUUCCAGAAGAAGGUUAUCCAUGUAUGUAACCGAAUUGCGGAAGAAAAUUUAAGAGUCAAAUGGAAUUAUAAAUCCAUAUUAAUAGAAGACAUAAAUUAUGA